CAUGCGAUGAUAAGCCUCCCAGCCAGCGCAAUUGAGCCUUGACUCAAUUUCGCAUUAUCUUUUGAAUCCUUGAUGAUCAGGCUGGCGGUUUUUAGCUCCUCGAAUCCAAGUGGUCUCGUUCAAAUUUCACGGCUUGAGCUUGUCGCUGGCGACUAGGCCUGUAUGACAUCUUAGGAAUGAUAUUGCAACGAAGACCGCAUACGCCGCCGGCGCUGGCGAUGUUGGUCCCGUUCUUGAUGUUUGCGCUGCUCAUGCUCGCGGGGUACCCCGCAGCAGCCACGCGGACCGCCUUCGCGCUGAAGAGGCACGAGGCACAACGGGCACAACAGGCCUCCCUGCUGGUCCACAGCGGGCGCGUCCUGCUCCAGGACGAGCUACCACCACCCUCCCCCGAUCCGCCCACAACCCCGUCGCCAGGGACGCCGCCCAGCCCACCCCGUCCACCUCUACCGCCGUCACCACGGCCUCCACCUCCAUCCCCCAAGCCCCCCUCACCUCCUCCCAAGCCCCCUCCCUCUCCCAAGCCUCCCUCGCCAAGUCCGCCCUCGCCAAAGCCACCCAAACCGCCCUCACCCAACCCACCGCGGCCGCCCUCACCCAAACCACCGCUGCCGCCCUCACCCAACCCACCGCUGCCGCCUCUGCCUCCUGGGUCUCCUGAACCAGUGGUGUGGAGGACCCUACCCAACAUGCCCAUCGCCCUUGCCGAAGUGUCUUCGGCCGUGUUGACGGACGCCAGCGGGCAGCGGCAGCUGCUGGUCGUGGGCUCGGGAGACAAGACAGACAAGACCAACAGGACCCUGCUCCUGAACCUCAACACCCUGGUCUGGACCACGGGCGCCCCGCGGCCGUGCUUGGGGGACCACAUGGCGGCUGUGACCCUGGACAACACCUUCUACCUGAUUGGUGGCUUUGUCGGCGACAGCAUCUGCAACAUGACACAAAUCUACAACCCGGUGCUGAACAUGUGGACUGCCGGGCCGCCACCGCCAGUGAUCACUGCUUCGGGCAACGCGGCCGCCAUCGGACGCGCCAUCUACUACUGUGGCGGUCUGCGAAACGCGACCACAUUCAAUGCCAACGCCCCUGUGACCAACUGCUCGCGAUACGAUGUGGACGUGGGGGAGUGGACGGUCAUCUCCAACAUGCCCUUUGGCGUGCACCAUGCUGCGGGCGCCACUGACGGCUCGCGCUUCUGGAUCUUUGGCGGCCGCCAGGCGCCAGGCCGAGGCAUUGGCAACAGCGUCAACUUCACGCAGGUCUACGACCCCGCCGCUGACACCUGGGACAGCAGUGCCUCGGGUCGCUACGCCGCACUGCCGGUGGGUCGUGGCGGCAUUGGCGCGGCGGUCUACAUGCAAGGCCGCUUCUUCGUCAUGGGCGGAGAGGAGUUCUGUCGCUCUCCCCCCGCAUGCGCCAACAACGCCACUCUGCUCACCGACAAAGCCGUGUUCAACCGCACAGACAGGUACGACCCGAUAGCCAACACGUGGGACCUGGCGCCACCCGGCAUGGCGCUGCCACGUCACGGCAUCUACCCGGUGGUCUCGACCGGACCCGCGGGAGCCACCAACGUGGACGGCGCCCCGGUGGCGUACCUGUGUGGCGGCGGUCCCCAGUCCAAGACCGCCUUCACCCAGUACUGCGACUUUAUGACACUGGCGACUGACGUUGUGUAGUUGCUUGGUGCCCAGAAGCGUUGGACUGGACCCCUGCUGUUGGAAUUGGCAGGCAGGAUGUGCACGCCACCAGCAGGUCGAGAUCGAGUACGGGAACUAUUCGUGUAAUGAUCAUGUCGUUUCUCAUGCACCCCCUGCGUGCCCUUGUCGCGGGAGAAGCUAUCAAUCAGAGCAGGGUGAUUGCACUCCACGUCUCUGGCUCGUGACGGAGUAGCUUUAGCAAAACCAUCAUGUAACCAAGGCAAUCU